AUGUGGCACCGCUGUUCCCACAAAUCCUAUAAAGAGAUCAAAGAGGUUGAGUUGAUGAGAGAUGCACAGAACCUGACAGAUGAAUGUUCCUUUGAUGCAGCUGUUGUGACAAGGGAGAACUGGUGCCUACAAACUAAGACCCCAUUGCUCAGCAUUGCCAUGGCAACACGACUGCUGCUGCUCUGGACCUGGCUGGCGCUUCUCUGUGGCUUGUGUGCGGCCAGUUCACGAGGCAAAGAAUUUGUCACAGCCUUCUUGGACAACAGCUGGCCAAGCCAACCCAACCCUAAAUUUGAGCUGCUUAUCACUGGUUAUCAUCCUGCAACCACAGUCACAGUGACAGCAAACAAGUCCACCUUCCAAAAAACUAUAUCUGUUGGUCAGGGACAGACUGUGUCUGUCGUGCUCCCAACCUCUGUACAGAUGGAGGGGGCAGAUAUCUUAGAUAAGGCAGUGUUUAUCCAAGCGGAUAAAGACAUCUCCGUCUUCUCUUUCAACCACAGGGACUCCACCAGUGGGGCUACCAUAGUGCACCCAGUCCAACAGCUGGGCACACUGUAUUAUGUGGUAACCCCACUAGGUACACAGUCCAACAGUUUCAAGGAAUUCACGGUUGUAACUCAUCAAGCUCCCGCUAAAGUUGAUAUUCACUUGAAAGGGGCUGUGGUGUUCAGAGGGAAGGUUUAUCCCGCAGGAAGCAAGCUCGUUGCCAAUCUCCAGGCCUUCCAAGCAAUUGAGUUGCAAAGUGCAGUUGACCUAUCUGGGACCAGGAUUGAAUCCACAGAACCCGUGGCGGUCUUGAGCGGGCACAGCUGUGCAUCCAAAAACACAGCCUGCGAUCAUGUUGUCGAGCAGCUACUGCCAGUUUCGAGGUGGGGUACUAUGUACAUUGUCCCUCCGAUGUUCUUUCAGUACAGAUUUGACAUUGCCUACGUCAUUGCUUCCCAAAACACUCGCAUCAAAUAUUGUUCAGGGUCCACACAAGGUUCCCGUGACGUGAUUGCCGGGCAAGUUAUUCAGUUGGAAGUAGUCGCCUCUCGGCCACUUUACAUCUCUGCCGAUGUCGGAAUCCAGGUCCUGUUCUUCUUCACUGGUGCCCCCGUAGGAAGUAGAGUCUAUGAUCCAUUCUUAAUCAAUAUUCCCGCCGUAACAAGCUACUGCAGGUUGUAUCACAUAGAUAGGAUAAGAGGCUUUGAAAAUUAUGCCAUCAUCAUAGCCAAAACCUCAGAAUCCAAUGGGAUCACAUUAGAUAAGAGAGCCAUUGGAAACAUCCAGUGGAAGACGAUCCCCGGCACAGAAUAUUCUUGGGCUCAACCCAGGCUGGGCACUGAAGUAGCAGCCUCAUUCCUAGAGCACCCCAGCACUCCUUUUGGGCUCCUCAUUGUUGGAGGUUCAAACUAUGAUGGCUAUGGCUCCGUGGCCCUUUGUGCCUGUGGCAAACCAGCACCUACCUGCAGUUCAAUCCAAUGCAGAAGAAAGGAGAAGUGUGAAAUUGUCAAUGGAGAGCCCACCUGUUUGCCAGAGUCUGAAUCUACCUGCUGGGCACAGGGAGACCCUCACUAUCACACCUUUGAUGGGAAGAACUUUGACUUCAUGGGCACCUGUACCUACACUAUUGCCAAGACUUGCGGGUCAGACACAUCUCUUCCUUCCUUCAGCAUCGAGGCCAAGAAUGAGAACAGAGGCAAUACUCGCGUUUCCUAUGUUGGUUCUGUGACCGUUGAGAUCUACAACAGCACCAUUUCGGUCACCAGAAAUGAAAUUGGAUUUGUGAGGGUGAAUAACCAGCGUUCCCGGCUGCCCGUUUCCUUGCAUGAUGGGAAACUGCGCAUCUAUCAGAGUGGGAACUCUGUUGUUAUUGAGACAGAGUUCUCCUUGAGGGUCUCUUAUGACUGGAACAGCUACCUGGUGGUGAAGAUCUCCAGCAGCUUUUAUGAGAACCUAUGUGGCCUGUGUGGCAACUACAAUGGAAAUUCAGCCGAUGAUUUCCAAACUCCUAAUGGGACUUUGACUCCAACCCCUGUUGAGUUUGGGAAAAGCUGGAAGGUAGAAGACGGCGACAGGUUCUGCUGGGAUGACUGCCAUGGGGAAUGCAAAAGUUGCCCACCAGAAACAGCCAACAAGUACAAAGCUGAGCCGUUCUGUGGCUGGAUCAGUAAAGGAACAGGGGGCCCCUUCAGCCAGUGCCACUCUGUUGUUGACCCCGACAUCUUCCUGCAGAACUGUGUCUAUGACCUUUGCUUGAAUGAUGGCUUCAAGGAUGUUCUAUGCGAAGCACUGAAGAACUACGCAGACACCUGCCAAAAAGCAGGAGUGGCCAUCUCUGACUGGAGGACACCCACUGGUUGCUCGUUGCCCUGCCCUGAAAACAGCCAAUAUAAAGCUUGUGGAUCGGCAUGUCCUGCCACUUGCAACGAUCAAGCUGCUCCCGCCAACUGCUCCUCGUUGCCUUGUGUGGAGACCUGCCAGUGCAAUGAAGGGUUUGUGCUGGAUGCUGGGAAAUGCAUCCCCCUGUCUGCGUGCGGGUGUGCUUUCGAGGGGAAGCUCUUUGCCCCUAAUGAGCAGUUCUGGGGAGAUGACACCUGCACACGACGUUGUGUCUGUGACCCACAGUCCAAGCAAGUGACCUGCCAGGCAUCCAGCUGCCGAAGCGGAGAGCAAUGCCGGGUGGAAAACGGCAUCCAGAACUGCUACCCUACAAGUUAUGCUACCUGCUCUGCUUCAGGGGACCCCCACUACAUCAGCUUUGAUGGCCUAAGGUUUGACUUCCAGGGCACCUGUGUGUAUCAGUUCACUGGGCUUUGUGGGAGCAGGCAGGACCUGGUGGAUUUCCAGGUGCUCGUCCAAAAUGAGCAUCGAGGUAGCCAAUCGGUGUCCUUCACCCGAGCUGUGGAGAUCAAUGUCUACGACACAGUAAUAGUGAUCACCAGAGAAAACCCUGCCAAAGUCAUGGUGAAUGGCUUGCUGACCAACCUGCCUUACAGCACAGAAAACAACAAAAUCUCCCUGUACAGAAGAGGGCAAGAUGCCAUAGUCCAGACCGACUUCCAGAUGACUGUCACCUUUGACUGGCAAAGCCGGGUCACUGUAACCGUGCCCAGCACCUAUGCUGGAGCCCUUUGCGGCCUCUGUGGGAACUUCAAUGGCAACAAACAGGACGAAAUGACCAUGAAAGAUGGCCGCUUGGCCCCAACCCCAACUGCAUUUGGCCAGAGCUGGAUGUUGCGAGAGAUACCGGGCUGCACAGAGGUAGAACCAGGAGAGUGCUCUAAUCUACCAGCCAUUGAGAGGCAGCAACGGACACUCAGCAAGGAGUGUGGCCUCAUACUAGCUAUGAAUGGCCCAUUCAGGGAGUGUCACAGCAAAGUUGACCCAGAAGGGUAUUUCCAAAACUGUGUGUAUGAUUACUGCUUCUUCGAAGGCCAGCAAGCCAUCAUCUGCCAAGACAUUGCCAGUUAUGCGGCAGCCUGCCAAGCGGCUGGGGUGACCAUCCAAGCCUGGAGAUCUGAGACCUUCUGCAGUCUUCCUUGUGCUCAAAACAGUCACUACGAGCUCUGUGCCAGAGGAUGUCCCCAGACAUGUGGAAACUUCUACGUCUCAGCCCUUUGUCUAGUGAAGUGCCAGGAAGGCUGUGUGUGUGAUGAAAACUUUGUGCUGAGUGGUGACCGGUGUGUCCCCAUAUCGCAGUGCGGCUGCCGCCAUGGAGGCCAUUACUACUUGGCAGGAGAGACUUUCUACCCAACAUGCCAGGAACGUUGUGUGUGCCGAACUGGUGGGACGGUGCAAUGUCAAGCCUUCUCCUGUGGACCUUAUGAGGAAUGCAGGUUGUCAGAUGGCAUCCGGAAGUGCCACCCUAUUGGCAGUGCCACCUGCUCCGCUUCUGGUGACCCCCACUAUGUCUCCUUCGAUGGAUUCCGUUUCGAUUUCCAGGGCACCUGCACGUAUACCCUUGUGAGGGCCACCAAAGUCAGUUCCACACUAAUACCCUUUACUAUAAAUGUGGAGAACAUCGCCUGGGGGAACGGGAGGGUUUCGGUGACCAAAAUGGUCUCUGUUGAAGUCUAUAACAUCACACUCACAUUACUUCAGAACAAGAAAGGACAAGUGCAGGUGAAUGGUGUGUUCCAGCCUCUUCCAGUGACCCUUUCUGGUGGACAACUCAGAGCCUAUCAGCAUGGCACUAAAGUUGUGAUCCAAACUGACCUUGCUUUCCUCAUGAGCUAUGACCUGGUUUAUGAUGUCAGAGUCACAGUUCCUGGGAGUUACCAGGGCCAAUUGGGUGGCCUCUGCGGGAACUACAAUGGACGUAAAGAGGAUGAUUUCCUGCUUCCUGAUGGCAGGGUGGUCUCUGAUGUGGCUGUAUUUGGUGCUUCCUGGAAAGUGUCCAUCCCUGGGGCAAGUGACUCCUGCUCAGAUGGAUGCUCUGGAAAUAACUGCCCAGUCUGUGAGGAGAGGAAGAAGGAUGUUUUCAAACAACGCAAUUACUGUGGCCUCCUCAUUGCAGUAGAUGGUCCCUUCAAAGCUUGUCAUGACAAAGUAAACCCUGAUGUCUAUUUCACUAAUUGCAUCUAUGAUCUUUGCCUGGGUAAUGGAGAUGGCCAUAUCUUAUGCAAGAGUAUUGAGAGUUAUGUAUCUGCUUGCCAAGAAGCUGGGGUCUCUGUUCAGCCCUGGAGGAAUCCAUCCUUCUGCCCUAUGAGCUGCCCAGUCAACAGUCACUACAAGAUCUGUGCUAACCUCUGUGCCACCACUUGCGCCAAGAUCACAGACCCUAGUUCAUGUCCAGAAACCUGUGCUGAGGGCUGCCAAUGUGACAACGGUUUCUUCUUUGAUGGCCUCAAUUGUGUUACUGCAGAACAUUGUGGAUGUUUCAGGAAUGGACGCUAUUACAGGCCUAAUGAAAAAGUUCUGCUGAAUGAGUGCCAGCAAAGCUGUACCUGCCUUCCCGGCAAGGGGGUGAUCUGUGAGGCCCACAGCUGCAGCACCGAUGAGAAAUGUGAGAUCCGGGAUGGAGUCAUGGGUUGCAUUAAUAAAGAUCCUUGUAAGGCCUUAAAAUGUCGACCCAAGGAAACAUGCAAAGUGGAGAAUGGCCAAGCCACGUGCGUCCCUGACUUCACAGCAAGUUGCUGGGGCUGGGGAGACCCUCACUACCACACCUUUGAUGGGCUGGCCUUUGACUUUCAGGGCACCUGCACUUAUACCAUUGCCAAGUACUGUGGAAAUGACUCUACCCUGGUACCCUUCUCCAUAGAUGAAAAGAAUGACAACAGGGGAAACCAGGCAGUGUCCUAUGUGCGACUGGUCAACAUCUAUAUCUACGGCUACAAGAUCUCCAUCUACAAGCAGGAGACUGGGAGAGUCCGGUUGAAUGAUGAAAUUACCAGCCUGCCAGUGACUCUUGAAAACGGCAUGAUCAGGAUUUAUUCGACCGGCCUCAAAGCUGUCUUGCAAACCGAUUUCGGCCUCCAAGUGACCUAUGAUUGGAACUGGCAUCUAAUCCUCAUUAUCCCCAGCAGCUAUUAUGGCUCCAUGUGUGGGCUGUGUGGAAACUUCAAUCAAAAUCCAGCUGAUGACAUGACCUAUCUCAAUGGCACCACAGCCUCCUCCAUCGUAAGCUGGGCGAGCAGCUGGAAAGUCCGUGACAGGGAUCCCUUCUGCUGGGAUUUCUGCCGAGGGAAUUGCCCAACAUGUGAUGAUAGCAAGAGACAGCUGUAUGGAGGUCAACGGUUCUGUGGGGUAAUCAGCCAAACCACUGGAGGACCCUUUAGAGACUGUCACACCAGAGUGAACCCAGAUGACUUCUUUGAUAGUUGCAUUUAUGAUGUGUGCCUAAAUGGGGGAGCCCAAAACAUCCUCUGCCAGGCACUGGAAGCCUAUGCUACUACCUGUAGGAAGGCAAACGCUACUGUGUAUGACUGGAGGACACCUUCUGGAUGUGCCUUGCCCUGCCUGGAAAACAGCCACUACGAAGCCUGUGGAAAUGCCUGUCCAGCCAGCUGUUCGGACCGCACUGCCCCCUCCUCCUGCAAACAGCCAUGCUUAGAGACCUGCCAGUGCGACGAUGGCUUUGUUCUCAGUGUUGACAAGUGUGUACCCAUUGGGAGCUGUGGCUGUACAUACAAUGGAUACUACUACAAGCCCGGGGAGGAAUUCUGGGCUGAUGAGAACUGCGGCUCUCGCUGCAGGUGUGAUCCCAGCCUGGGCAUUGCAGUGUGCAGUCCGGCUGCUUGCAAAGCCAACGAAAGGUGCACCGUGGUCAACGGGGUCCGGGGCUGUAAUCCCAUCAGCUUUGCUACCUGUACGGCAUCCGGAGACCCUCACUAUACCACUUUUGAUGGAAAGAGAUAUGAUUUCAUGGGCACCUGCAUUUACCAGCUGGUUGGACUGUGCUCCAGUGACCCGACCCUCACACCUUUCAACAUCACUGUGCAGAACAACAACCGAGGCAACACAAAAGUGUCAUACACCAAAGUGGUGACAUUGGAGGUCUACGAUAUAACCAUUGUGCUGAGCCAGGAGUAUCCACGUCGAAUCCAGGUCAAUGGAGUCUUUGUGAACCUGCCUUUCUACGUGGAAGACAAGAUAAAGGCUUACAUCAGUGGGGCUCAGGGCUUCAUCAAGACCAAUUUUGACCUGACGGUCAUCUUUGACUGGAACAGCUACACCAAGGUCAUCAUCCCCAGCACCUAUGCCAAUGCCAGCUGUGGCCUCUGUGGCAACAACAACCUGAAUCCCAACGAUGACUUGACCAUGAAGAAUGGGGGCCAAGCAACCAGCGUUUCCCAGUUUGCAGAAAGCUGGAAAGUGGCUGAAGUCCCCGGUUGCUCAGGGGGAUGCACCAGGAGUGAUUGCCCGGCAUGCGAGGAGGCACAGAAACAGACUUAUAAGGGUGACCGCUACUGUGGGAUCCUCAUCAAAAAUGAUGGGCCAUUCAGGCAAUGCCAUGGAACCAUAGAUCCAAUGCCUCACUUUAACGAUUGUGUGUUUGACACCUGCCAGUACCAUGGCCAACAUGACACUCUAUGCAAUGCCAUCAGUACCUAUGUGGCAGCCUGCCAGGCCAUGGGCAUCCAGAUUGACCCAUGGAGAUCAGACUCCUUCUGCCGUCCCAGAUGCUCACGUGACUCUCAUUACGAACUCUGUGGAAAUGGCUGCCCUGCUACCUGCCUUGGUCUUUCGGCUCCAGAGGGCUGUGAAGCAUCUUGCAAAGAAGGAUGCUAUUGCGAUGCCGGGUUUGUGCUGAGUGCAGACCAAUGUGUUCCUAUUGGGAACUGUGGCUGUGUGCACCAAGGCAAAUACUACAAGAAGGAAGAGGAGUUCUACCCCACCGCCUCCUGUGAGGUGCAAUGCCGCUGUACGAGCAAUGGAGUUGUCGAAUGCCGAAACGUCUCCUGUGGGGCCCACGAAACAUGUAGGGUGGAGAAUGGCAUCCAAGGCUGUCAUCCCGUGGGUUGUGGCCAAUGCAGUUUGACUGGAGGCUCUCACUACUUGACUUUUGACGCGCGAGCCUAUGACUACCAAGGUGCUUGUGCCUACACUUUAGCUGAAUUCCGCAUAAAGGAUUCUCAGCUGGCUAACUUCUCCGUCUCGGUGGAAAACGAACGUUCUGAUGAUGGACGUAUCUCCUUGACGAAGAUGGUUGUGGUGUCGUUUCACGGGUACACUGUUGUACUUGAGAGGGGGGGAAAGUGGCAAGCCAAGGUAAAUGGAGAGAUCUACACCCUACCAUUGAGUAAAGACGAUGGGAAACUCAAGAUCAAUCAAGAAGGGAACAACAUCGUCGUCCAUUCCGACUUCAGCCUCAAAGUCCUUUACGAUACCUCCUUUUACGUCUUAAUUUCUGUGCCCAGCAACUACCGAGGAUAUGUGAAAGGCCUGUGUGGCAACUUCAACAGGGACAGGACCGACGACUUCCGUCUGCCCAGUGGAAAAAGCACUCAGAACGUGGAGGAGUUCGGGGCCUCUUGGAAGAUCCCUGUUGAUGGUGUCGAUUGUUCAGACAGCUGUGGCGAGAAAUGCCCUGUCUGUGAUGCAACCAAGACAGCGCCGUUCCGACCGGAGAAUUCCUGUGGAAUGAUCCAAGCCGCAUCAGGCCCCUUCCGAGCGUGUCACUCACUGGUGGCCCCAGAUGAAUAUUUCAACCGGUGUUUGUAUGACAUGUGUGCAGCCAAUGGUUCAGGGCAGACCCUCUGUCAAAGCCUUCAGGCAUAUGCAGCUGCGUGUCAAACAGCUGGGGCUACACUUGGAGCCUGGAGAACAAACACCUUCUGCCCUCUCUCCUGCCCACCCAACAGCCACUACGAACUGUGUACCAGGACCUGUGAUUUCACCUGUACCAGCUUGUUCACUCCAGUACAGUGUGCAAAGAGAUGCUUUGAGGGCUGUCAGUGUGAAAGUGGUUAUCUCUUCAGCGGCGAUGCAUGCGUGGCAAUAGAGAACUGUGGCUGUGUGCAUGAUGGGCGGUACAUCAAGGCAAGCAUUCUACUCCUGGCUGCAUCCCAUGGGUUUGCAACACAGGCUACCAUCCAUAACUAA